UUCUCCAAUAGGCGACAGUUCGAUUAAUUGAGCGAGCUCCAUCUUCGUCGUGUCCAUAGUUGACUUCACUUCACAAGAGUCCUCAAAUGCUUUUGAUCUCAUGAACUCCACGGACGCCGCCGCCGCCGCGCUCGCCCCGGCCGCUGGCACCGUAAGCGCCUACGGUGGCGAUGGGAUCCGGUACGCCCUCGGCGUGUCGGUCAGCGUGCUCCUCGUCAUCGUCACCAUCACCGUCGCGUUCAGGUAUUGCACCAGAGCCGGCACCGGUGGAUCCGGUCAACAGGCGGCCACGGACGUUGAGGCGGCGGCGGGGCUUGACGAGGCGACGCUGAUGAGCUACCCGAAGGCGGUGUACUCGGUGGGCGGCGCGGCCUCGAGCUGCUCCAUAUGCUUGUCGGAUUUCAAGGAGGGGGAGGUGCUCAGAGAGCUGCCGGAGUGCGGGCACUCGUUCCACCUGCAGUGCGUCGACCCGUGGCUGAGGUCGCGCCCGACGUGUCCGCUCUGCCGCACGUCGCCGCUGCCGAGCCCCAUGCCGAUGCCGCUCGCUGAGGCCAUUCCACUAGCAAGGCAGCUAUGAGAUGAGAUGCAAAUAUCUAUAUAAAUUGAGACGAACAGGGGAGGAAGAAAGAUCCAGAAUUUGAGAUCUUGAGCAGAUGAAGGGAAUCAUACAGCAGUUGUGAAGUUAUUCAACUUUGAUUUCUCAGCUUUAUUAACUAAUUCUACAUACUUCGAUUGUAAAUGCUCGCCGUGUCCUGUAAAAACUUAGAUAAUCUGAGCUCUGAAGAACCAAGAUUAAUGCAUCAUUUUUAGUUUUUUGCAAGGCCUUCAAGACCUUUGGAAUCAUAACGAUCUC